GUCUGUCUCAUCUGGUCGGUUCCACAGUGGUACAGGCAGCAUUGACUGCACAAUGGUUUAACGCGGGUGAUGGCGGUGAUUCAGCAAAGUCUCCCUCCUCUCCAGCAGCUCUCUUCUCUCUCUCCUCCUCCUCCUCCUCCUCUUGCUUCCUGGGCAUCCUCUCCGUACCACUGUGCAUCUUUUUUGUUCCGUUUUUCUCUGGUGAAAAGCAAAAUGAUUUGAAUCCGGAUUGCAGUGGGGGGCUGUUGCCAUACCAGGAUUCUCUUCAGCUGGCACGGAAUGGUAUUUAUGAGCCGACAUUUCUUGUAUUACUGCAGUGAACCUAUCUUGGAUGUGAAAAUUGCGUUUUGUCAGGGAUUUGGCAAACAAGUGGAUGUUUCAUAUAUUGCUAAACACUACAACAUGAGUAAAAGCAAAGUGGACAACCAGUUCUACAGCGUAGAAGUAGGUGAUUCUACCUUCACAGUUCUCAAACGCUACCAGAAUCUAAAGCCCAUUGGAUCUGGAGCUCAGGGAAUUGUAUGUGCUUCAUAUGAUGCUGUACUUGAUAGAAAUGUGGCCAUUAAGAAACUCAGCAGACCAUUUCAGAACCAGACGCAUGCCAAACGGGCUUAUCGAGAGCUUGUACUCAUGAAAUGUGUCAACCACAAAAACAUCAUCAGUUUAUUAAAUGUGUUUACACCUCAAAAAUCACUAGAAGAAUUCCAGGAUGUCUAUUUGGUUAUGGAAUUGAUGGAUGCCAACCUGUGCCAGGUAAUCCAAAUGGAACUGGAUCAUGAGCGAAUGUCCUACCUACUGUACCAGAUGCUGUGUGGCAUCAAACACCUCCAUUCUGCUGGCAUUAUUCACAGGGAUCUAAAACCCAGCAACAUUGUGGUAAAGUCAGACUGCACACUGAAAAUCCUUGACUUUGGCCUGGCAAGGACUGCAGGAACAAGCUUCAUGAUGACUCCCUAUGUAGUAACCCGUUAUUAUAGAGCACCAGAAGUAAUUCUGGGGAUGGGGUACAAAGAAAAUGUGGAUAUUUGGUCUGUGGGAUGCAUUAUGGGAGAAAUGGUCCGCCACAAAAUCCUCUUUCCAGGAAGGGACUAUAUUGAUCAAUGGAAUAAAGUUAUUGAACAGUUGGGAACGCCUUCCCCAGAGUUCAUGAAGAAGUUACAGCCCACUGUUCGUAACUAUGUGGAGAAUAGGCCUAAGUAUACAGGACACACUUUCCCCAAGCUCUUCCCAGACUGUCUCUUCCCAGCAGACUCGGAGCACAAUAAACUAAAAGCCAGCCAAGCCAGAGAUCUUCUAUCCAAAAUGUUGGUUAUUGACCCUGCCAAACGGAUAUCUGUGGAUGAAGCCUUACAGCACCCAUACAUAAAUGUCUGGUAUGAUCCAGCUGAAGUUGAGGCGCCUCCUCCCCAAAUCUAUGACAAGCAGCUUGAUGAGAGAGAACACAGUAUAGAUGAAUGGAAAGAAUUAAUCUACAAGGAGGUAAUGGAUUUUGAAGAGAAAACUAAAAACGGUGUUGUGAAGGGACAACCCUCUCCCUCAGGUGCAGCAGUGAAUAGCAGCGAAAGUCUUCCUCCAUCCUCAUCAGUAAACGACAUCUCAUCUAUGUCAACCGAUCAAACCCUUGCUUCAGACACUGACAGCAGCCUGGAAACUUCAGCAGGACCGCUUUGUUGUAGGUGACUAACCGUCUGCCUGCGGGACCCCUUCUUCUUUCGAAAAUGAUGCAAGUACUAAAUACUCAGCACAGCUCUCUGGAACUGAGCUAUUUAAAAAGGAACGUGGAAGUACUGAUGCUAAAAUAUUAUGUCAAAAUGCUUUGCUUAUCUCAUUCCAAUGAAACUUGACGUUCAUCAAGAGCAUUAGGGAGUGUCAUUUCACAUGCAAAUAUGUGAUUAUAAACUGGCUCCCUGUGGUACUUGCUUUCGCAAUGCAAGGUGAGCAGGAAAGGCACAGCAUUAUAGUUAAAACUAAAUGCACUUUUGUCUUCUCAAAGUUGCAGUAUGUGUCCCUUCUUUCACUUAUUAUGUAUUUGCUGACUAUAAACAUCUUGGCAAAAUAUAUUCCUGUAAAUGGCCACAUGUAUAUUACCUACCAAACUCUUCUUAAAUUUAUGCUACAUGAUAAUAACUAUAAAUAUGACAGAAAACGCAAUUAUGUUAUUCCUUUGAGCAAUUAAUUUCAUUGCAGUUCAAUCCACCAAAUUAACUUCUGCGAGUCUAAUUAAAGGGACAUUCAGAAACCAAAACCAUUUCUGAUCAUGCAAAGACUGUCCACUGUAAUGUCAACGACUUUGUUUUGAUUCUGACUGCAUCCUUGAAUGGUUAAAGAGUCCGUAUUCUUUGUAACUUUUUAAAUAAGGUUGCAGUCCAAAUAUUCCAAUCCACCUCAUGUUUUAAAAUCCUUAGGGUACAAUUUUCAUAAAAGGAUCCAUUGUCUGUAGAUUGAUUUUGGGUUAAAAUGGUAAAGUGGUAGCUAUGUUCUGUUAUACUUUUUUGUCAUUUACUCUAAACUGAAUUGAAAACCCUUACAUAAAUUAUGCAAGGAAGUACAUGAUAUUUGGACAUGAUAUUUUGACAUUAUCAAUUAAAAAAAAAUACAUUUGAUUAAGAAAAGCAAACUCAGCCAGAGCUGUGAUCUGUAUUGAAAAAUCCUGGAAUUCCUGCUCACACAUGCAAUUCUAUGCUGUGGUUGAGGUGGCGGGAAAUUUUGGCCAGUAAUGUAAAAGACAUAUACAUGUAAAACAAUUGCACACCUUGACAUAGUUGGCUGCAGUCUUUAGUUGCACUUGCCUGCAGUUGUGCAUGAUCAAACUUCCAAAUAUAUUCCUUUAGAAUGGAAGGUAAAAUAUACUAAUAGGUACUGUAGGCUGUUAUGUGGUACAUUAUGUAUGCCACCAAGGACCUGAACAACAUUGCUGCAUUCUUAAACUCCUUUAUGCUGAACCUGCAUGGACUUGUAAUGUGUUUACUCUGUUCCCCAGCAAAUAGAGUAUUUUGAACUGUUAUAAAUUGCAUUAACUAGAAUCAUAUUUAUUACCUGUCCAUUGGAAAUUAAAAUAAAGGCUUGAACUGAUGGGAACAUUAAAUUAGAACAUUAGAGAUCCAUAUUCAAGACAUUACUAACAUGAACUAUAAAGAAAAGCAUAGGAUUUAUAACCACAGUGAGUUCAUUUUAGAUGAGAAGAUUCAAAUUUAGGUUAAGAUCUGGAAUAAAAUGAAACAGUAGGAACUUAUGCAAUUUUAAUCAUAUUUGUGAAUCAGCAAUUUCUGGGGAUAAAAUGAUUGAUACUCAAAAGCAUAUCAGAUUUGAUUUGCUGGCUGGGUAUAAUUGGUUUUUCUAAAUUUCACCCCAGGUUUCCCAACCUAAAACCUGCAAUGCACAUGUCACUGUUAAUAAAAUUAAGCACAUUAAAGAUUUACAGGCCUGCCCUGUUGAAGUAGACUUCUCUAAGAAAGGGUAAUGCCACGCUAUCGUCAGUUGUGAUUUUUUAAUUUCUUUUCUGCAUUUUCAGGUAAAUUUUGCUCCACACCUUAAAUGAUUUUACAAAGUUUGCUAUUGAUUUCCUCCCAAUUCUACAUUACUGCAAUUAUUUAAGUAUCUCUAAUUAAACUGUCAGGCUGGAAGGUAAUUUAACAUUCUAUUGGUUUACAUUUCUCAGUUUCGGUAGAUAGUUGGGACUUUGAUUGCAGUAAAGCAGGUUAUAUGUUCAGUAGGAAUAAUAUGUAAAUGGUAUCAGAGGAGGAGUAACCUCAGUGAUAGAGGAUGCAAUUGCUUGAAGAAAGGAUAAGAACAGUGUACAGAUUGUUAGAAUGAAAGGAUUUCUAACUACGGUUAUUGCAACCAUCAAUAUCGUGUUAGAUUGUAUACAUGCAGAGUUAUUUAAAGGGAGAUUUUAACGAUAUAGAGUUGGAAAAGAAAACUAGCAUAUGGCAGAAAGCCAGUGAAUUAAGUGACUGUGCCAAGCGUAGGUCUUGCAGCAAUAUGCCAAGAAAGUAGGCAGACCGCAUUAGACCAUGUAUUGUACCACAUUGGUUCAAUAGCCAAAUAGUGCAUAAAAUGUGAUCAUAAUCAGUCAUGCUCAGAAAGGAAAAGCAAGAAGCAACUACAAAUGUUUCAAGUUAGGUGAAGCUGCCUUCAAAGGGAUAAGUCAGAAACUUUUCAGGUCAACUCAACAAAUCUGUAAAGUGGCCAAUUGGGUCAAAAUAAAUUAAUGUGACACAGAAUUAGUUUAUAUCCAAAAAGGCCAAGAGCCCUACUUGCCAAAAUGGUCGACCAUGGAGAACUACAGAGAUAAACAAAAAAUAAACAAAAAUGCAUUCAAAACCUUUCACAAAUACUGGGAAUGAGAAAAGCCUCAUAGAGUAGAAAUGAA